AUGAAGUGGAUUUUUAUUCUUCUGUUCCUAUAUGAGCCUGGUUCCUGUUUGACGAGAGAAGAGCUUCUGGAACAUUUGAAAGAUAAACAAGAAACAAGAAACACAUUUGACGCACGUGUUCCUCGUCUUAUUCGUCCAAUUGGUUACGUCAACGAAGAACCAAUUUGGCCUCGAGUGCUCGAGAAGGUCAAAUCAGAAGCGGAGCUCUUUUUUGACGACGAUAAUUUCGCUUACAAGGUUGGUUUCCUACCUCACUGA